GUGCCACACCUCUCCUCCCACGUCUCCUCCCCCAAGGUGCAUCCGAACAGCAUUCACAUCACCGCCGUUCUCACGGACUACGCGACGCCGACGGGACGACAGAACCACGGUGUCGCCACCUCGUGGCUGAAGCUGAAACAGCCCGCUGGAGAGACACUGCCGUGCGUUCCCAUCUUCGUGCGCAAGUCCCAGUUCCGCCUGCCCUUCAAGACGUCGACGCCCGUGUUGAUGAUCGGUCCGGGAACGGGGUUGGCACCGUUCCGGGGGUUCAUACAGGAGCGACACCACUAUAAGAGCGAAGGUACGAGAUAA